AUAUCUUUGAAUCUUUACACACUCCGCACACGACGCACGUGGCCAUGGUCUCUUCACGACAUUCAAGACUCAAGACUCAAGACUCAAGACACAGACUCUACUAGUCUACUACAAUAGUAUAGUAGUACUGUGUGCGCUCGUGCAGCUAUUAGGUGUCGUGGUUUCCGUCUAUUUAGUUAUAGAGUUGUAGUACUCUAGUGUCUCGUCUCUGGAAUCUGCUGCCUGGUAAAUUAUUAUAGUACUGAAAGUAAAUAGUAAGUCAGUAAUCGGUGCUGCGGACUGCGGAGCCCACUGGAUAGUACUAUUGGUCAUUCGUCAAUUCGUCAUUUCGUCAUUCAACCAAUCUGGUCUACUGUCAAGACGUAUUCAAUGUCGCUAGUGCAAGGCGUUUUACUAUAAAUUAUUUAAUUAUGUUUGUGUUCUAACUUCUAAUUCCCACUUCGGAAUAAAAAACGUUUGAUCGACCACAAAGUUUGGCAUUAAUUGUUGUUCACUCUGCCAGCUGUUGCCGACACAAAGAUGACAGAGGAAUACAUCAAAACUGUUUCCGUCCACAUGGACAAUUUGAACGCGCAUCCUCAUUGCUCUCAUGGACCAACGCUGUUGUUUUCUCGAGGAUCUGACGGUAAAAAGUUUUACUCUUGCUCGGCACAUAGAGAUAAAAAAAAAUGUUCUUUUUUUGUUUGGGAAAAUCAAAUUGAAUCAAUUGGACAACAAUUCAUGGAACAGUAUGAAAGGGAUCUCAUUGUUACAAAAAUGAUGAGAUAUAAAUUACAAUCCAGGUAAUAAUCAUUAACUUAUC